GGAAGUAAGUGUGAGUGCGGAAGCGCAGUUGAAGCCUGUGCGCACAGUUUAUCUGUGCUGGCAGGGAAAUGACUUCACUGUCGUUUAGUUAAUGAUGCAGCAGUUUAAUUAAACAAAACAGAGAGAUUUCUUUUAGUUUGAACAGUAGUAGUAGUUUAUAUUUAUGUGCUUCAUUUAAAACUGUCGGAGUGUGUUUUCAAAACGUGGAGGAGCUCUGGCAUCUUCUGAAUGAGACUGAUCUCACCUGACAGGUGAACUAUGCUGACAGCAAAUGGAGAGCCUCCGAUCGCGACUGAAGUUUGAGAACAAAGUGGAGGAUGUGAAACUGAGGAAACGUAAAUCCCUGUUGUACUCAAAGGAGGAGGAGAACCCUCUCAACAAUGGUGUGCUGAGAGCCAGAGUUGUCCUCUUUUGUGUGGUGUUCAGGCUGAUUAACUGCAUCUUGGUUCAGACCAGCUUCGUCCCAGAUGAGUAUUGGCAGUCACUGGAGGUUUCCCAUCGUAUGGUCUUCAAUUAUGGGUAUCUGACCUGGGAGUGGAAGGCAGGAAUAAGAGGAUUCUCAUAUCCUCUUUUCUUUGCAUUACUAUACAAGAUACUGCACCUUAUAAACUAUGACUCAGUCUAUCUCCUGAUUUGGCUCCCACGUGUUACUCAGGCACUCCUGGCUGCAUCUGCAGAUGUUAAGUUCUUCUUCCUCAUCCGAACGUUGGAAAAUCAUGAUGUUGCGAGAUGGACGUUCUUUUGCCACCUUUGUUCCUGGUUCACGUGGUUUUGCUGCACCCGGACUCUAACAAACAGCACAGAGACCAGUCUCACCUGUUUGGCUCUUUUUUACUUUCCUCUGUCAGGGUCCAAAACAUCUAGCAGUACAAAGUACUUGGCCCUGGUGGCUUUAGCUGUGAUUGUUCGACCGACAGCUUUGAUUGUCUGGUUUCCUCUGCUGCUGUACCAUUUUUGGCAGGAAGAACACAAACUGAGGCUCAUCACUCACAGCUGCAUUCCUAUAGGGGUUGCGGCAGUUGUCAUUUCAGCACUGAUUGACUGUGUGUUCUAUGAAAAGUGGACUCUAGUGCAGUUCAACUUCCUCAAGUUCAACAUCUUCCACGGUGUGGCUGAUUUCUACGGAUCCCACCCCUGGCACUGGUACCUCACUCAAGGUUUUGCAGUUGUGAUCGGCCCUAAUCUUCCAUUCUUUCUUCAUGGAUGCACCAUCGCCUUCAGAAGAUACAAAAUCCUUCUGGCAGUAGUCAUCUGGACCAUAACGGUGUACAGCUUGCUUCCUCACAAGGAGUUCAGGUUCAUCUAUCCUGUGCUGCCUUUCUGUAUGAUCUUCUGCGGAAUAUCAUUGUCUCACCUCAAAGCAUGGCGUCGAGUCGCCGCUGUCGUCCUGCUAGUGUCCAACCUGGUUCCAGCUCUGUACACAGGCCUCAUUCACCAGCGAGGUACUCUGGAUGUCAUGAGUCACCUUCAGAUGCUUUGUGAAGACGGCAGCGAUUCCACCCGCCUGCAACCAGACAUCCUCUUUCUCAUGCCCUGCCACUCGACACCCUUCUACAGCCAUGUACACUGCCCACUAAAGAUGAGAUUUCUGGAGUGUCCUCCAGAUCUCGAAGAGGAAGGUUACUUUGAUGAAGCUGAGAGAUUCUACGACAAACCUCUUCUCUGGCUCAAGACUUCAUUUCCUUACAAAUCCUCUUUGCCCACACAUCUGGUUUUGUUUGACGUUUUGGAAAAGGAUAUUUCUGCAUUUCUGCAAGCAAAUAACUUUGUAAAGACAACAGAGAUAUUUCAUACUCACUUUCCUGAAGGAAGAGUUGGAGAAAGCAUCUUUAUUUAUGAAAGGCACUGACAAACACUGGAACAAUAGCAAAAAAAAAUGUGAUAGUAAUCUGCUACUAAAAUAAAUAUUUUAAAAUUAAA